AUGCAGUACAAGAAUCUGGGCCGCUCGGGGCUCAAGGUGAGCCAGCUCUCGUACGGAGCAUGGGUCAGCUUCGGCAACCAGCUCGACGUCAAGGAGGCCAAGUCUCUCCUCCAGACCUGCCGAGACCACGGCGUCAACUUCUUCGACAACGCCGAGGUCUACGCCUCCGGCCGCGCCGAGGAGAUCAUGGGCCAGGCCAUCCGCGAGCUCGGAUGGAAGCGCUCCGACGUCGUCGUUUCCACCAAGAUCUUCUGGGGUGGGCCCGGCCCCAACGACAAGGGACUCUCCAGAAAGCACGUCGUCGAAGGCACCAAGGCGUCGUUGAAGAGGCUGGAUAUGGAUUAUGUUGAUCUUAUCUAUUGCCACAGGCCGGAUGUCACUACGCCGAUUGAGGAGACGGUGAGGGCUAUGAACUAUGUGAUUGAUAAGGGUUGGGCUUUUUAUUGGGGGACCAGUGAGUGGUCGGCUCAGCAGAUCACUGAGGCUUGGGGGAUCGCCGAGAGGUUGGAUUUGGUGGGGCCCAUUGUUGAGCAGCCUGAGUAUAAUUUGUUGUCCAGGCACAAGGUUGAGUCUGAGUACCUCCCACUGUACACCAACUACGGUCUGGGUCUUACCACUUGGAGCCCACUUGCUUCUGGUGUGCUCACUGGAAAAUAUAACAAGGGAAAUAUACCACCUGAUAGCCGAUUUGCAUUGGACAAUUACAAAAAUCUUGCUAGUCGAUCACUGGUUGAUGAUGUGCUGAAAAAGGUUAAUGGUCUGAAGCCAAUUGCAGAUGAAUUAGGUGUACCAUUAGCUCAACUUGCAAUUGCAUGGUGUGCUGCUAAUCCUAACGUCUCAUCAGUUAUUACUGGUGCUACAAAGGAGUCCCAGAUUCAAGAGAACAUGAAAGCUGUAGAUGUAAUCCCUCUAUUAACUCCCGCUGUGAUGGAGAAGAUUGAGGCUGUUGUUCAAAGCAAGCCAAAGCGUCCAGAGUCAUAUAGGUUAAGUUGUACGAAAGGCAUGCUUUCCAAGUUGAUAGGUACUAACACUUCAAAGGACUCUAAAACAAAGGGUGGAGUAAUAUUGACCUCUUCCAAAAUCGUCUGUUUUCUUAAUAUUUUUGUUGUCCGAACCAAACUAGUCUUCAUAACCAGAAACACCAUCCUCAAGCAUAGUCCAACUGCACUUCGUUUGAGUCUCGGCAUUGAUCUUAAACUCUCUGGAGUUUUCUUUCUCGGCAUCGAUCUUAAACUCGCCGGAGUUGUCUUCCACAGGAAGGUACAACCUGGACUCCGAAGUUAUCAUCCUUGGAUUUGCAAUAAGCAGUGA